AGGAGGGUAGAGGCAAAAGCGAAAGCGAGAAGUGUCAGCUUCAGCCGUGGAGCUCCACAGCAGCAGAGGCUGAGGCCUUUCUACUCUCCUUGGCCCCACUCAUCUAACCGAUCCAUCAACUCCUGAUCCCAAUCCUCCCUGCCUGCUCCGAAAUGCUGAAGACCGCGCAGGAGCCCCGAGGGGGCUUCUCCUUCGAGAACUGCCAGAGAAACGCAUCCUUGGAACGUGUCCUUCCCGGGCUUCGGGUUCCUCAUGCGCGCAAGACUGGCACCACCAUCGCAGGCCUUGUAUUCCGAGACGGGGUCAUCCUGGGCGCGGAUACGAGGGCCACUAACGAUUCAGUCGUGGCAGACAAGAAUUGCGAGAAGAUCCACUUCAUUGCCCCCAAAAUCUACUGCUGUGGGGCUGGAGUAGCCGCAGACGCCGAAAUGACUACACGGAUGGCUGCAUCCAACAUGGAGCUACACACAAUGUCCACUGGACGCGAGCCUCGCGUGGCCACGGUCACUCGCCUCCUACGCCAGACGCUAUUCCGGUACCAGGGACACGUGGGCGCAUCGCUGAUCGUGGGCGGAGUAGAUCUGACCGGACCGCAACUCUAUGGCGUGCACCCCCACGGUUCCUACAGCCGACUGCCCUUUACGGCUCUGGGCUCCGGGCAGGACGCGGCCCUGGCAGUGCUGGAGGACCGGUUCCAGCCAAACAUGACGCUGGAGGCUGCACAGGGGCUGCUGGUGGAAGCUAUUACCACAGGGAUCCUGGGUGACUUGGGCUCUGGGGGCAGCGUGGAUGCAUGUGUGAUCACCGCAUCAGGUGCCCAGCUGCUUCGGACACUGAGCUCGCCCACAGAGCCUAUAAAGAGGCCUGAUAGCUACUGCUUUGCACCUGGAACCACAGCCAUUCUGACCCAGACAGUGAAGCCAUUGAACUUGGAGCUCCUAGAAGAAACUGUGCAGGCCAUGGAGGUGGAAUGAAGUUGUCUGGGGUUUACAGCUAAGAACAAGGGGGAAUAAACCCAGAAAAUAAAAACAUCUAUACAGACUAAA